AUGUCUCCCUCUAGAGUCCCCUUGCCCAACAGCACUGUGGAUCGCUUCCCUCACAUUCAUGAUGACCCUUCCACUGUGCCCCGGUCCUUGGACCCCUUCACUAUCACCACCUCCACUGGCUUCCUCCCUUACCUCACUGCCCCUACCAAGCUGCCUGAUGUCUUCCAACCCCUGAUGUCCCUGCUUGAGCGGAUGCCAGUACUCAAGGAAGAUGGCUCUCCAGGUCUGCUUGCCAAGUAUGAGCUGGGCCCUGCUGUCCUGGCUGAGCUGCCUGACUUGACGGAUGAGAUCGACAAGCAGGUCACCCCUGAGGGGUUGCCGGACCUGUACAUGAUUGCUGCCCUGUUCCGGGACUAUUCGUUCCUCGCUUCGGCUUAUAUCCUCGAGCCAUGCUGGGAGAACUGGUGCAAGGACCCUGAGAGUGGCUAUGGGCUGGGGCGGGACCUGUUGCCCAAGACUGUAGCUCGUCCCAUGUACCGUUGUGCUCAGCUCUUGGACAUUCCUCCCUUCUUGUCCUAUGCAGCUGCAUAUUCCCUCUUCAACUACACCUUGGCCGAGCCAUCCAAGGGCCUGGUCUACCCCAACCUUAGAUUGGUCCGCGCCUUUGAAAACGGCCUCGACCCCAAGAGCUCAGAGGCAGGAUUUAUCCUGACCCAUGUGGACAUGGUCAAGUACUCGAGCGGCCUGAUCAGCGGAGCUGUCAAAGUUGUCGACACCGUUGAGCAGGGUGGACCCCGCUCGGUAGUCAACGACGGGUUCCGAGAGAUCCUGGAGUCGAUGGAAAAGAUCGAAGCAGCCAUGGAGGGUAUGUAUAUGCUUCCUACUUGUAUCAGUACACUCCAGCUAACGAUUACAGACAUGUGGGCCAACUCCAAGCCCCAGGACUACCUCUCCUUCCGCGUCUUCAUCUUCGGAAUCACUUCUCAGUCCAUGUUCCCCAACGGCGUCGUCUACGACGGGGUACUCGACAACAAGCCUCUUUUCUUCCGCGGAGAGAGUGGUGCAAACGAUAGCAUGAUCCCACUGCUCGACCACCUUUGCCAGAUCCCCAUGCCCUCCAACCCGCUCACAAAGGUGCUGCAUGAAUUCCGCGCCUACCGUCCGCUUCCCCACCGCGAGUUCCUCGCGCACAUCAACUCCAAGUCGGAAGAGGUCGGGGUGCGCAACUUUGCGCUGGCAGAUACCGAGACGGCUAUUCUUCUCUUGAAAACUCUUAACCACGUGCGCAGCUUCCGCUGGCGACACUGGCUGUUUGCCCGCGAGUACAUUAUUCGCCGCACGCCGCACCCUACUGCUACUGGCGGAAGCCCUAUUGUUACGUGGCUCCCCAACCAGCUGUCUGCUGUGAUGGACUUGAUGAUCUCGGUCUACGACACGUAUCUGGCGCCUCAGAAGGGGGAUGGCCUUGGACCGGACGGACAGAAGGGCUACGAUGCUUAUGCAAAGCAGGUUGAGCCGAUGAUGGAGAUGGUGCGCGACCAGCGGGAGAAGUUGGCGAAGGAGGUAGAGAAGUGGUGUCAGGAGAGGGGUGUAUAG